CGCAGCAGGCCCGGCGGGGGGGGGCGGCCCGGCGCUGUCAGUCCCGCGCGGCCCCGCCCUGCCCGGCUCAGUCCCGCUCGCCGCGGAGCCCGAGCAGCCCGAGCCAGCGAGAGCCCCGCGGCCGAGCACUAACAGUCUGGCAGCCAAGUCUUUUCAGCAGCAGCCAAGCCCCCUGAAUCCAGCCUCAGCCGCCAGACAACCCGAGCAUAAAACACAAUGGCAGCCAUUAGAAAGAAGCUGGUGAUUGUGGGAGAUGGCGCUUGCGGGAAGACCUGCCUGCUGAUCGUGUUCAGCAAGGACCAGUUCCCUGAGGUCUACGUGCCGACAGUCUUUGAGAACUACAUUGCUGAUAUCGAAGUAGAUGGAAAGCAGGUGGAACUGGCCCUUUGGGACACAGCGGGGCAGGAAGACUAUGACCGGCUGCGGCCCCUCAGCUACCCAGACACAGACGUUAUUCUCAUGUGCUUUUCCAUCGACAGCCCAGACAGUUUAGAGAACAUUCCUGAGAAGUGGACUCCGGAAGUGAAACACUUCUGCCCUAAUGUUCCUAUCAUCCUGGUCGGAAACAAGAAGGACCUACGGAAUGAUGAGCACACCCGGAGGGAGCUAGCGAAGAUGAAGCAGGAGCCAGUGAAGCCGGAGGAAGGGAGGGACAUGGCUAACAGAAUCAACGCCUUUGGAUACCUCGAGUGCUCUGCCAAGACGAAGGAUGGCGUGCGGGAAGUCUUUGAGAUGGCCACUCGGGCCGGCUUACAAGUCAGGAAAAACAAGAAGCGUAAAGGCUGCCCACUCCUGUAAAGCGGCAAUGCCCGUGAAGAAGGUGACUGCCAUCUGUACUGUAUCUGUCUUUUCCUGCACCCCCCCUCCCAUGUGUGUGAACGGGGUACAGGAUGGGAAAAGCGCUGUUAGGUCUGAUGUCUAGAGAAUACAAUGUGGCCUGCACCCCACUGCCCAAAACCCACUACCUGAAGCACGUACGGGGAGGCAUCUAGUGCUGCUUCUCUGUGCCAUGCGUGGACUGUCCUCCUAAGCCGGUCCUGGGCUCUGAAGGGCCAAACAUCUUCGGCAGACACUUCUGUUUUGUAUACACCAUACAGUGCAUUUGAGUAGCUCUCAGUGUUGUACUUCAGUCCCAUUUUAUACUAAUCCCUCAUCCCCUGUUAUUGUCUGAUGCUCUGUACAGAUUCUCUGCAAUAUUUAAUCUCUGCCUUCAUACUGUUCCAUUAGACUCUGCACAAUAAGGAAGCUCUGACACAGUCUGUUCUAAUCCUUGCCUGUGGGUGUGUGUUCCUGUCCUGGAAUCCUGGUUGUGUUUUUCUCUCCAAGCCAAGAUGUUCAGCGGCUCCAGCUCCAGGGGGGUUUGGAUUCUCCCUCUGGUUAAGGUGUACAGCACACCCACCUGCAUUUUGUACACAGACUCACCAAAGCAGUCUCUGUUCUGUCUGCACUCAGAGCCUUGCCCGAUUCCACCAGUGCUUUGCAAGGAGCUGUGCUCUGCUGCUCUCAGAAAUGCCCUCUGCUGUGCUUUCCCCUUGGACCUGCCCUGUGGUGGUGUCCUCUUACCCUCUUUAAGUAAAGUACGGCCUUGUAAAAUAACCAUUGGCUGGGUCGUCUUGUACAUUAAAAUGCAUAGUUGGGAGAAUAAAUGCAAAUUGGCAUUUUAAUAACCGUAACUUAGCGCUUGUGCACCAUUAUUCUGCCCCAUGCACACAGACCUCUCGGGUCUCCUGCUCCCCUCUCCUCUAGCUUCCUGGGGAUGGUCUUCAUUUAUCCCCAUGCCAUGCAGCUGGCUUGAGGGGCUAGAGCAGGGAGUUGCCAGUCAGGACUUCUUGGUUCUUGUGGACGAAAUUCAAUGGUUUUGUCCAUAACUUGCCUAACCUUAGGCACAGUGCCUCCUACCUCGGCCACCCUGUUUGCAAAAUAAGAGUCAGAACUACUUGCUUCACAGGCUGGUGUUCAUUAAUGCACCCUGAGCGCCCUGCAAACGGCCUGGAGAGGGGCAAAGGCUCCCUAUUGCAUCUUUCAGUUUCUUUCAAGCCCUAGUUCUAAUCACCCUGUUUGACUGAGGUUCCCCACCUCUGCUUUGUCGGGCCGAGGGGAGGAUGCCCAGCUACAACUAAGACAGGAGGGAUGGGAGGAUUCUACAUCCCCUGCCAGCACAGGGGUUGAGCACUUUGGGCACGUUACGGAAACCGAACAGCUGAGCUGCUCUGGGGAGGCGAGUUCCACGAUGACGAAAUGCUAAAGGAAAUGUCAUGAGUGGUUUGGUCAGAGUCCUUAUGUAAACGCUGUUCCAGGCUGGGCCAUAGGAAAUGGGGUGGCUCAGCUUUCUUCCCUAAGAAGCACAGUGGGUGUCUGUUCUGCACAGCUAACAGUGGUUAUCCUCUGCAACACCUCAUGCUGAUUCUCUGCUGGGAACUCCCCAGUACGCCAGCGGUUUCUGCAAUGGGGUUUCACCCAAUGCUCACAUGAGAUAGGGAAACCGAAAUCUCUUCCCUUUUCCGCAUUGGAACAAAUAAAACACUUUGAAACUUUCUACAAAACCAAACUGAAAAACCAAACCUGACUUUUCGACUGAUAAAAACCCUUUGAUAAAGUAAAAACAUUGUUAUAAUUUUGACUGUUUCAAAAAGUGAUUUUUAAAAAAAGAGCAGUUCCGAUCUGAUGUCAGUUGGGACAUUUGGGCACCGUCACAACACUUCAUUCUGACAUUUUCUCAAUAAAAUUUCACCAGCAGCUGCA